AUGGCCGGAUCAAGCUCCUCCGGUGCUGGUCUUGCUGAACAACAAGCCCCUGCAGAGGAUGUCUCUGAGGAAGAUGGAGGAAGCGAGUCUGAGCACCUCCCAGUUGAAGGACCGGCUGUCUCAAAGGAGGUGAAGAUCAAGAAUGCCAAGGCUCUAAGUCUCAUUCAAGGAGCCAUUACUGAUGAACUCUUUCCCAGAAUCCGAAAUGAGAAGACGGCAAAGGGUGCCUGGGAAAUUCUGAGGAGAGAAUUCAGAGGAGAUAAAAAGGUAAGAGCUGUGAAAUUACAAGCCAUUAGAGCUGAUUUUGAAUAUUUGAGAAUGAAUGAUGCUGAAUCUCUGGAUGAUUACUUGGCUCGGUUUUUUGAGAUAGUAAACAACUUGAAAUCUCUAGGAGAAGAUGUAACAGAAAAAAGGAUUGUUCAAAAGCUGUUGAUGAGUCUAAGUAGAAGGUACAAGUCCAUAGUGUCGAUUAUUGAAGAAACCAGAGAUCUAGAUACUAUUAGGAUUGAAGAAGUCCUAGCCUCUGUGAAAGUUUAUGAUAAGAGGGAAGACUUGCAUGAUGAAAGAGACAAAUACACAGGUACUGAGAGGGCUUUCAGUAGUCUUAAAGUUGGAGGAAAUGGCACUGGAAAUUUUAAAGGGUCUCAGUAUAAAUCAAACCCAAAGUUUGGUCAGUAUAAGAAGGGAAAGAACUGGGGUCAGAAUAGCAGCUGGAAUAAUGGCACUGGUGGUGGCUCGAACAACAAGUUUGCUGCACACAACAAACAAAACAGUGGCAGUCAAGGAAAUGUGAAACCACUAUGCCAAGUAUGUGACAAAUAUCACUUUGGUAUAUGCAGAUAUAGAGGAAAACCCAAGUGUGGCAGGUGCAGUCGAUUUGGUCAUCUAACUAAGGACUGUGAUAAUGGUAAACAAGUUGCAAAUUGUGCAAAGGAAGAAGAUCUGGUCACAUGA